AACAGCUCCAUCUUCUUAACAGAAAUAGCAACUCAAUUCAAUUCUCUCUCUCUCUCUCUCUGCUCUCUAUAUUUUUGGGAUAUAUGUCUGUAAUUUGUGUUCUAUAUAGCUAGCCAGGUUUGCAAAAUUGGGUUUGUGUAGGAUUCAGAAGAGAAAUAGAAACAUUAGAUUUGUACAGGGGCUGAACAGGGAUUUUAGUGGUGUAACCAUGGCCAAAGUUUCGAGGCUAACAGAAGGAGACGACUGUAUAGAAUUGCCUCCUGGUUUUAGAUUCCAUCCCACGGAUGAAGAGAUCAUAACCCAUUAUCUUGCACAGAAGGUCAUGAACAGUAGCUUUAGUGCAAAAGCUAUAGGCGAAGUAGACUUGAACAAGUGCGAACCCUGGGACUUACCAAAGAAGGCGAAGAUGGGAGAGAAGGAAUGGUACUUCUUCUGCCAAAAAGAUAGAAAAUACCCUACGGGCAUGAGAACGAACAGAGCAACGGAAAGAGGAUAUUGGAAGGCUACGGGAAAAGAUAAAGAGAUUUAUAAAGGCAAUAAUAAAGGCUGCCUCAUUGGGAUGAAGAAGACCCUCGUCUUCUAUGGAGGAAGGGCUCCUAAAGGGGAGAAGACUAAUUGGGUUAUGCAUGAAUACAAACUACACGGCAAAUUUCUCGCUAAAGCUGGAGCUGCCAAGGAUGAAUGGGUCGUUUGUAGGGUAUUUUACAAGAACACGCCGGCGGGGGCGGCCAAGAGAAGCCCAAUUCCAACUGCCUUACUGAGGAUGAAUUCUUUCAGUUUUGUUGAUGAUCUCCUAUUAGAUUCUCCGUCGUCGUCGUCGUUGGCACCUCUUUUGGACUUCCCUUAUCUCAAUAACACCGACCGACCUGGCGGGCCCAGGGAGGACGUAUUGAUCAACAACACAACAUCAGGCCAGUAUUCCAGCACUGAUUUCUCCUUCUGCUCCAAUGGAGGAAUGGUGGUUCAUCAUCCGAUUCAUGAUCAACAAGAAUAUCACAAUAGCUUAUUUCACCAACAAUACCAGGGGGACCCGCCUCAUCAUCGCUGUCAUCAAAUUUCUCCCCAAAAUCCUCUCUUCUCCUCUGUUCAAGGAUCUUCCAACUCAAGUUGCUUGCACCAGGGUCAGUACGACAGCAAUCUUAACAAUUCGUCAUCGAUGAUUAUUCCAUGUUUCUCCAGCGCUUCUUCCGGGUUUCAUGGUCCCGACCAGGCAAUAUUCUCAAGAGCUAUAGCUGCGACCAAAGAUGCAUCUUCCGGCGCCCUUAAAAAGGAGUGUAAGGUAGAGCAGUUCUCUAACCAGUCCUCCACUGUCGUCAGCGUCUCUCAGGAUACCGGGUUGAGCACCGAUAUGAACACCACCGCCGAGAUUUCCUCAUCAGUAGUUUCCAACCACAUGCAUCACCUCGGAAGCAACAAGUCCAAGGAGGAUAUUGAUCAUGGCUUUUCUUCAGCAGCACCCGUCGAGGAUUUGGUGGACUACUGUCUGUGGAACUACUGACGAGAUCGAUUGAAUUGAAACAGUAAAAAAUGCAUGGCUUGUAUUAGAUUUCAUCAGUGCGAAGUGCGUACAGAUUCCAGAUUUGAUUAGUCUCAUUUAGUGUAGAGUUUAGGAAGGCAGACAGUGACAAUAUAUAUAUAUAUAUAUAUAUAUAUAUAUACCCGUAUUCUCCCAUGUACAUUUCUAUUCUUUAGGAGGUGAAAUAAGUCGUGCAUUUGUCUUUCCCCCAGCCCUAUUCUUUUUCUUUGCCUUGAAUUGGGCUGAUCAUAUUAUUCUGGGAAUUCUGAUGUCUCUAAUUUUCUGGGAA